UACAAGACAAUUAUAUCUAAGAAGUCUAAGGAAGCCGAAGCAAAAGAACAUAAAGAACUACUAGAAGACAAAUACCUCCUCUCUAUCUACUCAGACGCCUCAGCCACAAGCAAAGGCAAGGGUAUAGGAGUCGGAGUUGCUUACUACAAAGGAGCUAGCCUAAUAGCUCAGGAAAAGGUUAACAUAGGAUACAACCAGCUAGUCUACAACGGGGAGCUAGAAGGUAUCACCCUAGGCCUAGAGAAAGCCGUCAAUCUAGUAGAAGACUGCCUAGAAGUCAGAGUAUAUGCAGAUAAUCAGGCCGCAAUACUUAGACUAAGAACUGCUUCCGAUAACCCUGGACAAGAAUGGCAACUCAGAUGUAUUAGAGCAGCAAAAAAGCUCAAGAAGAAAGGCCUGAUACCCACAAUCUACUGGGUACCCGGCCACCAGGACGUCAUAGGAAACGAAAAAGCAGACGCGCUAGCAAAGGAGGCAACAAAGCUAGAUCCCACCUCCAGUAAGACUAGCCUAGCCGUUAUAGGCACACGGGUCAAGCAGCUAGGCGAGCAGGAGUGGCACAGCUAUCUAGAACAGUACAGAAGGAAAGCUAUCACUCUCAACGCUAACACUUAUGCCGCAAAAGCUACUCAAGAUCCUGCACAUAUCCUACUUAGCUGCACGCUAUUCAAGGAGGCUAGGGCAAAGAUGCAAGAAGCUAGUAGGGAGCCCUUAUCGCUAGUCUUCUUACUACACACAAACACAGGCAUACAAGCUACAAUUAGCUUUAUUGAGGAAACUAAGGCUGCAACACAGGCCUGGUACAAAGGAAACCUUGAGAACUAA